AAGUAAAGACCUAGGUAGUUAGUUAGAUUCUAAUCUAAUUGAAGUGAAGGUGUUAGGUUGAAGGAGAAGUUACAUUACACUACACACGAAGCAAAGAAAAAAUGGCGGCGUGUUCAUCUUCAUCACCGGCGACGGAGGAAGAGAUAACACUGAAAGUAAAAUGGACCGGAAAGGAAUACACCGUGCGAGUCUGCGCCGACGACACCGUCGGAGAACUCAAGCGUCGUAUCUGCGAAGUAACCAACGUUUUACCCAUUCGUCAGAAGCUUCUGUACCCUAAACUUGCUUCUAAACUCAACGAUGAUUCUCUCUUACUCUCUCAGCUUUCUAUCGAUCUCAAUAAGUCGUCUGUCAAAUUCACCAUGAUCGGUACUACUGAAGAGGAUUUGAUAGUUGAUCCUGUGGAUUCACCUGAGAUUCUCGAUGAUUUUGAACUUGCUCAAGAAGAAGCUAUUGAUACUAAAGAUAUGCUUGUUAACAAACAGAAAUUGACCAGACGCAUUAAUCACUUCAAAGUUGAGAUUCAAAACCCUUGUCGUCAAGGAAAGAAACUCCUUGUUCUGGAUAUUGAUUACACCCUUUUUGAUCACCGGUCUACUGCCGAAAAUCCUCUUCAACUCAUGAGACCUUACCUUCAUGAGUUUCUAACAGCAGUUUAUGCUGAGUAUGACAUUAUGAUAUGGUCUGCGACAAGUAUGAAAUGGAUUACCCUCAAGAUGAGCCAACUUGGGGUUCUGGACAAUCCUAACUACAAAAUUACAGCAUGUCUUGACCAUUUGGCAAUGAUCACUGUCCAGACAGCCUCACGUGGGGUCUUUGAUUGCAAGCCACUUGGGUUGAUCUGGGCUCAGUUCCCUGAGUUCUACAGUGCUUCUAAUACUAUUAUGUUUGACGACCUUCGAAGAAAUUUUGUGAUGAACCCGCAGAAUGGUUUGACAAUUAAACCGUUCAGGAAGGCUCAUGCAAACCGCGACACUGACCAGGAGCUUGUGAAACUUACCCAAUACUUACUAGCCAUUGCUGAGCUUGAUGAUUUGAGUCACCUUGAUCAUAAUAAAUGGGAGUCAUUCUCGGAGGAUACUGGGAAAAGGCGUAGGCACAGAUGAGUGAUAAAUAGAAAGCAAUAAGAAGAAUUUGUUAAGCAAGAUGAAGCUUCUAACCUUAUAUACAAACUUGGAUCAAAGCUGGGUUUUGGGGUUGUUUCCUUAUCAUAUUGUUGCCAAAGAAAUGUUAAAAUGCACUUAUAAACUGAGGAAAUUGGUGACAAGUGACAACUAUAACUAGCAGCCGAAUUUAUUAAUUUAUUCUAUUUCUAGAUAAUGCGUAAUAUGCUAUAGCUAUUGAAUUGCCUUAUAAGAAAGGUUGCUUGUGGCUUUAUCUUUUGCCUAAAAAAAAGUAAUGUGCAAGUUCAAUGUUUUCUAUA